AUGCUUUCGAGUCUAAGAGCCGACUUCGACAGUUACUUUGAUGAAGUAAUAGACCUUCUGUAUUCCCAUCUCGACAAGCAGCUCCUUCCUGCAAAGGAACACUUCCUCGCAGUACGUCUUUCCAGUUUCCACAAAACCAAUUAGACUUUAAGUCGGCCAGGUACAAUGUGCCCACCGGAAAGAAGAUCCGCGGACUACUCUGUGUAGCUGCAUUCAAGGCUUUCUCCAGCGGAGAGGAGCAACUCGUGACCACGCGCAUGGCAAACCUCGUCGGUUGGUGUAUUGAGUUGGUAGGCUGCUACUCGCUCACUUUCAGUUUCACCUGUCCACACCUUUGUAGAUCCAAGCCGGCUUCCUCGUUCACGAUGACCUGAUUGACAAUUCACCCAUGCGCCGGGGUCGUACCAGUUGGCCUGAACUUCAGAGGGCGGCAGGCCUGGGUCUGAUCUCCGUGAAUGACGGCUUGCAUCUCGUAUUUUGUGCCCAACAGAUCCUCUUCUCCGCACUGGGUGAGACCGCUGCCUUGCGGGAAGUUUGUCUUCAGCUAGUUAGGCUGUUUGGCGACUGCGCUCACUUCACUUGUCUUGGGCAGGCCCUGGAUAUCCUGGCUAAUAGCGCACCGCAGACACAGCGACCGACAGAAAAUGGUGAGACGGAGACUGUCACGGCACCAAAAGUUGCCAAACUCGCUCCCGGACGAUUGGCUGGCAUUACUAAGGAACGCUUUGCAGCCAUUGCCAAGUGGAAGACAAGUUAUUAUAGCUUUGUCUUACCAGUGACAGCCGGGAUGCUUUUGGUGAGCACAUCGUCUAUGCACUUUUAUUCUGGCUCAUGUUACGCUUCUUCCUUCGACGUGUUCUCCAAGUUGGAGAUCUCGACCACUGCCUAGUGUAGUAUGAAUCAAGACUCCCAAAAAAUAGACUAGUUUGCCUGAAGGUGCUUUCAUCCAGGAAAGCUCCCUUACGGCAUGCACCAAACCCAUGAACCAUCAAAGUUUGCAAAAAGUCUGAACUAAUUCGGAAAUCUUCCUUAGUUCAUCACCUAAAACUCGAGAAAAAUAAAAUAAACUAUCUGGUUGAAAACGAAGCAGGGAAAUGCGCGGACGGUUUUAUUAAGUUGCUUAAAAUUGUUUUGAACGUUAAAAUCAGACAUUGUGUGUACUACGGGUCACCUAUUAACCUUAUUACUAAUUGGUUAAGAGGCUCUGACAGUCGACCGGUGUAUAAUGUUGAGAAGAGAGAGAGAGAGAGAGAGAGAGAGAGAGAGAGUGAAUGACGCCGAAACCGGGGAAUCAAUCCUCAUGGCACACCAGUGCAUAUCAUGCCAUAGCAAGUCUGACUACACGCUCGUAUUCAGGAAAGCGACAAACACGACACAACUACUGAGCUACAACAGCAACCACCCAGUUGCAUAAUGGUGCUAUACCAGCGGGUAGGGACUCACUGCAGUGAACCGGAAGACAAGGUUGCAGAAGUAUAAUACCUUCGACGGGUGCUUAGAGUGGAUGACUACCCGCGCAAAUUCGUCAAGCAGUGCCUGUGUAAACGAGGCGAGAGACAAAAUCCAACCGGCCCCACAUUUUGGCGAGCUCUCCCAUACGUGAAGAAUGUCUCGGAAGCCGUCAGCCGCCUCCUUACGCCCCUUGAAAUUGGAGUUGCACACAGACCGGGGCAACCAUAAGGCGCCAGAUCAUGAAGCCGAAGGACCCAAUGCCACGGCAGGAAACAUCUGGAGUCGUUUACCGGGUUUGGUGCAGUUUUAGGCAAAGCAAUUAUGACGAAGAAACCGGAAGACUACUCCGGACGCGAUUGGCCGAGCACGCGGCAGCAGUGAGGAGGAGCGACGCCGACUCCCAAGUCAAGGCUCAUUCGACGAUAACCAAUCACACAUUCGAGUUUAGCGAAGCAGAAAGUCCUGCUAGAGGCAACAACCGCAUGAACUGUGAACUGCUCGAGUCAUGGUUUUCCGGUCCUCAGUCAAUCAACGAGCACAAUGACCUCCCCGCCCCAUAUUCGGCGUUUAGACUUGGCCGAGCCCCCCUCCUAUCGUCUUCACGUUGUCUUGCCAUCAGAGCAAGGUGGGUGAGUGAAGAGAGAGGGAAUAUUGUGAACGGUGCGCAAGUCUGUCUCACGAUAAACUAAUUAACACUAAAGUCAUCGGUACUGCGCUCGUUUUUUUGAAGCACGCGGUGGAUGUCGUCGCUUGCAGCAGUUGAACUACUAGUAUACUUGUUAAUCUUGUCCCCCCCCCCAAAAAAAAAACGGGCCUCACGGUAGAUGCGCUGCACCAACACGGGGGGGGUUAUAUCGGAGUCUGACAGGCGUUAUUGGGUAUGCGCACCCAGAAAAAAUGUCAACAUUCAGGAUGCGAUGGUAAACCCAGUUGCAGGCUCACGCCGUGCCAUUUUGGAUCCGAUCUGUCCCACCCCUAUAUUUGUUGUUGUAUGUCUAGGUGCAGGCUGUCGCCGCGCCAGUCACCUGCGGCCUCUCCAGCCUCCGGUUUUCUUGACUUGGUCAUGGCACCGGACCCGGAUGGGGAAGGAGGGCAAAGUGCGGUAGAUGGUACGCAGGUCUACCAUCCCUGUAAGCUACUCCACGCGCAGGUCACCGUUCCUGCUCUUAACCCGCUGUGGUGCACACGGUAAACAUCGUCGAAAUCGACGGUCGAACUGCCAUACUUUUGAACCUGUAAGCCAAGGGAUACGUGGUCUCCGGGGAUGCAUGUGAACGAACAAAUGAUGAAGAAUAAGAGGGGAAAUGCUAAAAUAAAGUAGUCCUCGUCCUUUACUGGUCAAGUUUUCCCCAGUCAGUGGGGGUCCGCGGCGAAGUAUUGAACAGUGCUCCUCUGCCCUCAUUAAGUGUUGUCCUUAGAUACGUGUACCCUUUGACGUUGCGUCGAUUGUGUUGUACAAGCCGAGAUUACUUUCGGAACAGCUGUACAGUGUACUACCGGUCGGAAUUAAAAUUUUAGGGGGGCCGCACUUUGGAAGGGUGUUUACUGACUACAAAUUUGAAGGAUAUGAAUAGUAAGCGUACCGUGUCCGUUCUCUGGAUUGAAGUCUUGUUCUACAUAACUACUGUUUUCCCGCCUGUGACAAUGCCAGUUGCUGAGUCUCAGGACGUCCUUGAAAUGCCAGUAAAUGUUUGGCUUUUUUGGUAUUCUCAGUCGAUUCAUAGGAGGGGUGCUGCCCUUAUUUUGCUGGAGCUUGUCUCCUCAGGAAACGCUUUUCUGCAGCUGGCGGGAAGACCGUAUUUGUGAGCCUAUCUGAAACUUAGGUCUCGCCAAAAAGCAAGGACGGGCGGUGAAUGGUCAGGCUCUGAGGGUUGACACUGCCGUCGAGUUCACUGUGAUGCAUAUGAAGCGCAUGAGGUAACCAUACUACUGGAAAGCAAAACACCCCGGGGGGAUGUUUCCAUACUGGCACAGGAAGGAUGCUAACCGAUCAUCUGAUGCACCAAAUGGAUUUUAGGGUUGCUUUACCCUUUACAAUCACUCCCACUCCGUUGGGGUCUGAAUCGCCUUCUCCUCCUGCCGUGUGAAAUCCUGGUCGUUUGUGUGCAGACCAAGAGGUGUGGUGGUACGCCGGGGCGCAGGUUCACGCCACGUCAGUCACCUGCGCCCCCCCCCCCUCCGUUUCCGGUCUCCAUGAGUGUGUCAUGACACUGGGCCCGGCUGGGUAGUGUCUACUUUGGCAGCUCCCAUGUGGAUCUGAUUUCGUGACAGGCGCGGGAGUAAUGUCCCACGCAAACGGAUUCUCCCACUGGCUGUUCGUACUUGUUUCUAGUCAAGCCGCCGUCAUAUGUUGUCACACACUCAGUUUCUAUCUGUCGCCCGUAGACCACAUUCUCAGGCCGCGGUAUAGCUCCGCCGGCCACAAUCGCCCGACCACUUGCAGUCCACAAAACUAGCGACUGAUGACUGCCAUCGUUAGAACACAGGGUAAUUUUACAGUUUCCGUUUCCGGGUUGGAUGAACUAGUUGGGUCAUCGGGGCGUGGAAUGGACUCCCUGAUGCCGUCGUUCUUUCCGAAAGUGUCAAAUCCUUUAAGUGCAGACUAGAUGCUCAUUUUUUGAGAACCUACUGUACAUAUAAUAAUGAUUGUUUUAGCGGCGGCAGUUUGCGCCUGGCUCACACUUACCGCUAACUUUUAAACUUUUCGCAUUUGCUGAUAUAAUUGAUGACUUUAUUUCUGUUUGUCGAUAUGAAUAGGGAGCUCAAGGGCGGAAGCCUCAUUCCCUAAAUAAACUGACUUAAACUGACUUCCAUUUAUGAACCCAUCCCUUUUGGUAGCGCAGAUUACCCAGGGCAUGCCCUUACCCUGUGGACGAAAAUGCUACCUCUGAACUCAUCUCACCGUAAACUUCUGAAAAGAAAGAAGGCAGAGGCUCUGGGAAAUUUCAUUGUCUGUCUGACUUGUCGAACAGGUAGGACUGUUGUGUAUUGUAAUAACCAAGGCGACUUUCCGAACUGAUCCACCAGCUUUCGGAUUAGUGUUUUACUCUCGCCACCGUGACCGUGCGAAGGCGACGGUGGUAGAAGUAUAGUGGUUUGCGGCAACCACCACGUUGGUACUGGCCAGCUGCGUCUGUGGGGUGGUUCUUCAAAUUCGUUGCUCGCUAACUUCAUUUUCGGUCGAGGUGCGGCUGGUUUCGUCUCUGAUCCACCUCGUUACUGGUCUACAGUUACCCUUAUAAUGGACGAUUUUGUAUUUUACUCCAAUAGACUUUCUCUAGCUAGUAAACUUUUAGUGCGUGGAAUCUGAGUACGCAGUUUCUGGCGGCAUAAGCCCUCAUACUUCGUCCACGCCUGUAUACCACCUUGCACCAUAUUUUUUCCGGUUUACUUAAUCGUACUCCUAACAGUGCCAUCCCUAGCCAGCCUGAUUAAGACCCGGCUCUGACCCGUCAUAUUUUCUCCUUUUUAGGCAGGUGUGAAGGACGAGAAACUCCUGGAGAAUGCAAAGACUAUACUGCUUCGCAUAGGCGAAUACUUCCAGGCGCAGGUAACACUCCUGUUUCAUGCGAGGUCAUUUUUUGAUAAAGUCGACCGCACGACUUAAGAAUCAUAGGGGCCGGCAGCUGCUGCAGUGAGUGACCGAUCUCAUGAAAUGUUGACCGGAAUUCUAAAAUCCGUUUUCGAUUAAAAUGAAUUACUUAAACGGGAUUGUAAUACUGAUUAUCAUACGACAAAAUCCUACAAUGGUUCGGACUCGCCGGGAUGUCGGCUUUUUAAUACACGUUUUUCAACCACGAAAAUCAAUGUUAAAUAUGGAUACUAUUUGAGUAGUCAUUUUUCGCGGGUUUCAUCUUUACAGGACGUUAUAAAGAGACAUAUCUGAAAGCCAACAUCCUGGCGAGUCCGAAAUAUCGUAUGAUUAUGCCGCAUGCUGAUUAAUUUUAUGUUCCCGCCCAAGUGACCCUUACCAAUCAAAAACACUUUUCAGAAUUUCGGCCAACAUUUCAUAGGAUCGGUCACACGCCGUGGCACCGCAACGUGGAAUUUGGAUUCCUCUGGACUAACAGUUGCUGACAGUUUGAUAAGCCGCCCACAAUGCAUGCACUUUCAGGAUUAUCGGUUUUUCCUUGAGCAUGUUAUUUCAAAGCAACUAAAAUCUAGCAUGUACACCGGGAUGGUGGAAGGGCGCUCGCCGAUCGAGCUACGGAACUCACUCGUUCCGUUGCGUCUUACGGGCUUCCGGGCACCUUAGGACGCCUUCCGAGCUAACCGAGCUGUUCUGCUCUGGUCACCGGAGCUGCCGUGACCCCCUAGAUGCCAGCUUCCGGCCACUCUGAAAUUUACGCACUGUUGUUACCUGGUCUAUCAUUGCAGGAUGACUUCUUGGACGUCUUCGGCGACUCAACCGUCACUGGCAAGGUGGGUACCGAUAUUGCAGAAGGCAAAUGCAGCUGGUUGGCUGCCACCGCCAUUGAAAAAGCCUCUGCAAGCCAGCUGCGCAUCCUUGAGGUAAGUUCUGUGGUUUUUAGCUUGGCUGACUCCGUCUGCGGAGCAGUUAGAUUACUUAUCUCUGUCGGUUUGUUCUUCCUCCUGGAGCUCAUGGCGUCUCCGUAUGAGGAUAGAAUUGGCUCUGGCGACCGAGGCUUCCGCAUAAUAGGUUGCGGAUGCUGUCGCCAUUGUCCUCUCGCCGAGGAUGUUACUUAA